GAUUGACCCUGCUGUCUCAGCUUCUUCUAUUCCUGUAAUCAAAAAGCCAAGAAGUACCGAAGGUGAGAAGGAGGAGGAUGAGAAAGAAAACCUAAGCUCUGGGGAUUCAAACUCCAUCCUGUGUUCGAGUAUGUCACACGAUCAGAAAUACUAUGCGAUUGGAUUAACAUCGAAAGUAGCCCUAGUUUACAAUACGGAAAACUUUGAGUUAGUGCGUGGCUUCAGAGUUCCUGAAGCACCCACGUCUAUGGUCUUUGAUAGGGCUAAUGAAUAUGUCAUUAUUGGCGAUCGGGCUGGACAUGUUUGUCGUUAUAAAAUCACAGAGCCAAUCAAUGUGAACCAUAAGGAUAUCACCGGAGAAGUAUGUGGUCACGAAGGAGAGCCACUCACUGGAGUGAUAUCAAUGGUUCUGGAUAAUAUGAGGAAGAUCAUUGAGUUAUGA